AAAGGUUAUAUCUAAGCGAUCAAGGUCAAUUACAAACAAGAAUUUUGAAAUUGAGUACCACCUCUCUCUGCUUACAUCGACUACUAACAGAAGCGCAUUAUUAGCAGUCUGCGGCAGUUUAUUGAAGAAUGGACCUGAAACGAGUUCUUGUUGCUGAUGCUGUAGAUGCACAAUGCACCAAACUACUGACUGAAAAUGGAUUCACAGUCGACUGUAAAUAUAAACAAAGUGAAGAAGAGUUGAUUAAAAACAUAAAGGAUUAUGACGCAAUAAUAGUGAGGUCCGAUACUAAAGUAACAGAGAAAAUAAUCAAAGCUGGAAAGAAUCUCAAGGUGAUAGGAAGGGCUGGAGCUGGUGUAGACAAUAUCAACACUAACGCUGCUACAGCAAACAAAAUACUCGUCUUGAAUACACCAGGAGGAAAUGCUAUCAGUGCUUGUGAACUGACGUGUUCCUUAAUUACAAGUCUAGCCAGAAAUGUAGUUCCUGCAGCUGCAUCUUUGAAGGCUGGUAGAUGGGAUCGCAAGCUUUAUUCUGGCCAUGAGUUGUAUGGGAAAACAUUAGCAAUAAUAGGCUUAGGAAGAAUAGGAAAGGAAGUAGCAACAAGGAUGCAAUCCUGGGGUAUGAAGACUAUUGGGUUUGAUCCCAUUGUUAGUGCGGAGGAGGCGAAAAAGUUUAAUGUAGAAUCAAUGGAUUUGGAGAAAAUUUGGCCCUUAGCUGAUUACAUCACUGUUCAUACGCCUCUCAUACCCCAAACAAGAAAUAUGAUCAAUGACAAAGUUUUCUCAGCUUGCAAAAAAGGGGUUUGCAUAGUGAAUGUUGCCAGAGGUGGCAUUAUUUGUGAGAAGGAUCUACUAGUAGCUCUACAAGACGGUAGAUGUGGGGGAGCUGCCCUCGAUGUAUUUGAACAAGAACCACCAACUGACCCUGUUACUUUAGAACUUAUUCAACAUCCAAAAGUUAUUGCAACACCCCAUUUAGGAGCGAGCACUUCAGAAGCACAAAUCAGGGUGGCUGUUGAAAUUGCUGAGCAAAUUAUAGCUUUAUCUGGAAGGAACCUUAAAUAUACUGAAACACCUGGUGUAAUCAAUAGAGCAGUGCUUGGAAAGUAAAUGAUUUUUAACAAGAA